AAAUUAUAUUAUUCUACGUUCUCCACCAUCGAUCGGUCUUAUACCUUCCACUGCCGAUCCCCUCAUCUCCCAUGAGAAGCUGAGCUCGUUUCAUCACCCCUUCUCCCAUGGCGAAUACCGUUAUUUCAUCCCCAUCCUUCAUCGGCCCGUCCCUCCCGUCCCUCUCUCGCCAUGGCCUCCACACCCUCCCUCACCGAAGUCGACUCUUCUCCACCACCAGAGUCAAGCUCAGUUUUCAUGACAUCCCUCCCAUCGAUUCCGUCCACACUCCGGUUGAUUUAUCCGCUCUCCUUAACAGGGCUGAAGGCCUACUUUACACCCUCGCGGACGCCGCGGUCGCAGUCGACCCAGCCUCAAGCUCUGCUGAGGCCGCCGUGCAGAAAAAUAACGGGUGGUUCGGGUUUAUCUCCGAUGCCAUGGAAGCUGUUCUCAAGGUAUUGAAGGAUGGAAUUAGUGCUGUGCACGUUCCAUAUGCGUAUGGAUUUGCAAUUAUAUUGCUUACAGUUAUUGUUAAAGUUGCCACAUUUCCCUUGACAAAGCAACAGGUUGAAUCAACACUAGCUAUGCAAAACCUUCAACCAAAGAUUAAAGCCAUUCAACAAAGAUAUGCUGGUAAUCAGGAAAGAAUACAACUUGAGACAUCAAGGCUAUAUAAGCAAGCAGGGGUUAAUCCUUUGGCAGGUUGUUUCCCCACUUUGGCUACCAUACCAGUCUGGAUAGGGCUAUAUCAAGCUCUUUCAAAUGUGGCAAAUGAGGGACUGUUGACAGAAGGUUUUUUUUGGAUUCCCUCUUUGGGUGGCCCAACUUCAAUUGCUGCUCGACAAAGUGGAUCUGGCGUUUCUUGGCUUUUUCCGUUUGUGGAUGGCCAUCCACCUUUGGGCUGGAAUGAUACUGCAGCAUACCUUGUUUUGCCUGUCCUCCUUGUUGUUUCUCAGUAUGUUUCGAUGGAGCUCAUGAAGCCUCCCCAGACUGAUGAUCCAUCUCAAAAGAACACUCUUCUUGUUCUCAAGUUUCUUCCACUCAUGAUUGGUUACUUCUCCUUGUCUGUCCCAUCAGGAUUAUCCAUUUACUGGUUCACAAACAAUGUUCUCAGCACUGCUCAACAAGUAUGGUUACGCAAAUUAGGUGGUGCAAAGCCUGUUGUAGCUGAGAAUGCUGGUGGAAUCAUUACAGCGGGACGUGCAAAACGAUCAGCUUCUCAGCCAGUACAGCCUGGCGAGAGGUUUAAGCAGUUAAAAGAAGGAGAAAAUAAGAAAAAGUUGAGCAAGGCCCUGCCAACAGAAGAUGUUCAGAAUCUGGCUUCGACAUCUGAUUCUGAGGAUGAUCCAGAUGAAGAGACUAAGGAUAAGGGUGAGGAGGCUCUUGAAGAAGCAUACGCGCCUAGUAGCGGUAAAGAUGUACCAAAUUAUCCACGUCCAAGGCGGAGCAAGCGAUCAAAGCGGAAGCGUGCUGUAUAGAGAGACAAUGUACUAUAUUUUGUAGUUUAUGUUGAGUCCUGUAUAUCUCAGCAAAUUGUAUCUUGGUUAAUAUAUAGUGGCCAUUUUUUUUU